UCCGCGCCACUUCCACGGGAAGGCAAAGAAACGACCGGUAUGAAAGUCAAAUCGUGAAAAGUAAUCCCCAUAAAUCGCCUCGGAAGAGCCCCUCGCUUGACCACGACGUGGGAAUGGCGAGUGGGAGGGUCCCUGGCUGGCUGCGUGACAGCUUUUAUCCACGCGUGGCCCCCGCACCAUUACCACCGCGCUUAUUCCACGAGCGGGGGGCUCGGUGACAGGAGCGCCGACGGAGCGACAUGAUCCCCGGACACGCUCGCAGCCUGCUCGCGGCCGUGACCUGGGUGCUGCUCCUCUCCGGAGCCUCGCCGCGGUCACACCAUCAGGAGAAUGUCAGCUUCGGUGACAGUGAGGAGUGCUCCGAUAGCAACAUCUCCACCACCAAGUACUCCUGCCUCAAAGCCAGUGGGGACGUUGCAACGUGCUACAGAAAGCAGUGCUGCCGGGGCUUCAAGUUCGUGCUGGGCCAGUGCAUUCCUGAAGACUACGAUGUGUGCGCCGGUGCCCCCUGCGAGCAACAGUGCAGCGAUCACUUUGGCCGCGUGGUGUGCACCUGUUACCCCGGGUACCGCUACCACCGCGAGCGCCACAGGAACCGCGAAAAGCCCUACUGCCUGGACAUCGACGAGUGUCGCGACACGAACGUGACGUCGUGCUCCCAACUCUGCGUCAACACGGUGGGGAGCUUCCGCUGCGAAUGCGAUCCGGGCUACUUCCUGGAGGAAGACGGGCGAACGUGCACUAAAGAAGAGAGAGCGCUGCACAAUGUCUUGGAGACAUCUGAUAACGUGAUGAACACGGGGACCUGCUCGGCCACGUGCGAUGACUUCCAGCAGAUCAAGACCACUGUGCUGCAGCUCAAACAGAAGUUGCUGUCAAGCAGUGCUGACGUUCCAGAGCAGAGGACCAACGACAAAAUCUCAGCUGCCUUUUUAACAGGACCCCCGGGCCUGCCUGGCCCACCAGGCGAAUCUGGACCAGAAGGACAGCCGGGUCUUGUAGGACAGUCGGGGCCCCUGGGCCGUCCUGGACCAAGGGGUCUGAUGGGUCCCAUGGGGCCCACGCCAGACUUGACCCACAUCAAACGAGGCCCUCGCGGACCUGUGGGCCCUCCGGGAGCACCGGGAAAAGAUGGACACAAGGGGGAGCGAGGAGCACCCGGGACUGUCGGACCUCCAGGCCCGCCAGGCUCCUUCGACUUCCUGCUGCUGCUCAUGGCCGACAUCCGCAACGACAUCGCCGACCUCCAGACCAAAAUGUACGGCCGAGCGCCCCUCUUCCCGGGGGAGGAGCUCUCCGCGACGCACGGCGGCUGGCGAGACGGCCAGGACGUCGGCUCCGGCGAGGACGACCGAGGGACGCCGCCAUUGCCGCCGCCGCCACACUCCCAGAGGACCCGCAAGAGGAAGCGAAGCAGAACCGACCGCAGUGGAUUCUAAAUAGUCAAUGUGAGGUGUAAAUAUCUUAUUAUUAUUUAACUAUUUUUAUUAACAGAAUGUAUCAUAUGCCUUUUGGAUCGCAGAUGUUUAUUUUUCUAUGAUAUAUGCAAGAUGAUGAUUAUUUUGUAACAUUUUGAACAUUCUUCUCAGCACAUUAAAAUGAAAAACCUACCAUAAAUCUUCACUUUAUCAUUAUGAUUAUGAUGAUGAUGAUGAUGAUGAUUAUUCUUCUUAUAUCAUAGUAUUAUUUGUAAAAGUCACUAAAAAUGGAUGUCAAAUG